AUGGAGAAUCUGUUAGGCCUUCUAAGACUUCAUGUGAUUAGAGGUGUGAAUCUCGCCAUUAGAGAUUCUCAUAGUAGUGAUCCUUACGUCAUUGUCCGUAUGGGUAAACAGAAGCUGCGAACACGUGUGAUGAAAAAGAAUUUAAAUCCAGAAUGGAAUGAAGACUUAACACUUUCUAUUACUGAUCCAACUCUUCCUAUCAAUAUCAUGGUGUACGAUAGGGACUGGUUCUCAAGGGAUGAUAAGAUGGGAGAUGCGGUUUUCCACAUUGAUCCGUUUCUUGAAGCCAUAAGAAUCCAAAACGAGCUGGGAGGACUACCGGAGGGGACUGUAAUAAUGAAGAUUCAGGCAAGCAGACAAAACUGCUUGUCAGAAGAGAGCAAGAUUGUGUGGCACAAAGGAAAGAUUGUCCAAAAUAUGUUUCUUAGGCUCCAGAACGUUGAGCGAGGGGAGGUCCAGUUGCAGCUUGAGUGGAUUGAUGUCUCUGGCGCUAUGAGAUACGAAAGGGAGUUCUUCGGGGUCGGGGGAUGCAUGAAUCCAGUGAUGCAAGCUAUGAAGGCGUUGCUGUUUAUGCUGCCACGGAUUUGGAAGAUGGAGGAGAGAGUGGUUGGGGCUGAUCUGGGUAUGGGGCGGUUUCAGUUUGAUUUUGAGCACGAGAAUGACAUUCAUGAGGUGCUGAAGAUGGAGCCCUACAAUUUUGAUCAUUGGAUGCUUUCUUUGGUCAGAUGGGAGCCGGUGGUGGAUCCGCGAUACCCUUACCUCAUCAAGUUCUGGGUUCGUAUGAUGGGUGUUCCUCUGCACUUCUGGGCAGAUGAGACUUUCCGUACUAUCGGUGCUGACUUGGGAGAGGUUGAGGAGGUUGAGGAGGUCGAUUUGGAUAAUGGACGGUGA